GGGCCGGAGCAGCCGGGCGGGGUUGGGGCGGGGGGACGCGGCCUGCUGCGGGUCGGGGCUGGCCUCGCCCCUUGCCGGGGCCCGCGGGGCUGGGAGCGCGUCUUUUGUCGCGGCUGCUACGUGCUGUCCGCCGGGCUUUAUUCCCCACCGCCCGCGCUAAUGCCGAGCCUGUGACCCGUGCGCCCUGGGAUUAAACCCCGCUGGGGUUACGGAGAGACUUUGGAUUGCAGUUCUCUAGCACAGAGUAAAACUGGCUGACACCAUCACUUGAACUCGUGUGCUUGACAGAGAACUGUUAGGAUGGGAAAUAGUGCACUAAAAGCCCACCUGGAGACAGCACAGAAAACUGGUGUGUUUCAGCUAACAGGAAAGGGACUCACUGAGUUUCCUGAAGAUCUGCAGAAGCUAACAAGCAACUUAAGGACAAUAGACUUGUCGAACAACAAAAUAGAGCUCUUGCCACCUCUCAUUGGAAAAUUUUCCUUUUUGAAGAGCCUUGCUCUAAACAACAACAAACUGACUGCUUUACCUGAGGAGCUGUGUAAACUGAAAAAACUGGAAACACUUCACUUGAAUGGCAAUCACUUGAGGCAGCUACCGGCUGCAUUUGGACAACUUUCAGCUCUCAAAACCCUGAGCCUUUCUGGAAACCAGCUUCGGACUGUGCCUACACAGCUCUCUGGUCUUCGCCAUUUGGAUGUGGUAGAUCUUUCAAAAAACCAGAUCCAAAAUGUCCCCGACACUGUGGGAGAACUGCAGGCUAUCGAACUCAAUUUGAAUCAGAAUCAGAUUUCUCAGAUCUCGGUGCAGAUCUCCCACUGUCCACGCCUCAAAGUCUUGCGUUUAGAAGAAAAUUGUCUAGAACUCAGCAUGCUGCCUCAGAGUAUCCUCAGUGAUUCCCAGAUCUCACUGCUUGCAGUAGAAGGCAACCUCUUUGAAAUCAAGAAACUCAGAGAACUGGAAGGUUAUGACAAGUACAUGGAACGAUUUACAGCUACAAAGAAGAAGUUUGCUUGAUCACUGUUCUGACUCUUGUGUUACUAGUAAGAAGACUUAGACUAGAAGCAUCUGCUUCACUGACUUGAAUCAAGACUGAUGAAGGAAAUGAUCAGAGUACUCCUCUUCUAGUAGUCUGCAACAGCCUGUUAAGACCACGUUGAAUAAACUUGAACUAGAGAAUAUAGGUAUUGAACUGAUGAACCUACCCAGGGGCCAGUUUUGAUUUUUGUGCCACAAUAGCUUUUAACACAGUACAUGUUCUCCUUUGUCAGGGCUUGUUCUUUCACAGAGAAAGGGAACAAGCAUUUCAAAGUUGCCAGUUCCCUUUUGUCAGGAAGCUGGCUGUUGAUUUGUAAGAGGAUUAUUUCUUCUAGAAACAUUUUUCCAUGAUAGCACAUAGAAGUUCUACCACCAAAGCACUGUAUGUCUUGCAGUAAGCACUGUUCUGCAGAGAACUUUUACAAAUAGGGUUUUAGUUUAUAACCUAAGUUGAUUUUUUUUUAAUGAAGCACAAAUAGUUGUGGUUAAGUUAAAUGUUUUAUUAACAGCUUCCAGUAAACAAAUUGUGGUUUGAGCAUCCCUAAUUUAUAUUUUACUCUACAGGUUUUCUUUUCCCAUAAGCAAGAAUUGCACUACAGUCCACUUUUGCUUGAGCUGUAUCAAAUAAAAAUUAGGUUCAUCUUCUGUGUAUUCAGUAAAAAUGUAUAUUGCUAGAAAAUAUAUCCUUGCACUGACUCCUUGUGUACAGAGCAAUGCUGGAGGUUUUAGUCGUCAGCCCACUGCUGCUGCCUUAUUACCAAAAGCACCUAGAAAGAGCUAAAAAUGUAUGCAAUUAUGUAACUUAUACUGAAAAGGAAAAUGUACUUGUAUAUUUUAGUAAAUUAUUUUCAAAAAAUGCGUUCAAAUUUAUUUGGUGUAACUGUUGUCAUUUUAUUUAGUAGUACUAAGAUGUCACUGAAAGCCCUCACUUAGCUACUUGAGUCUGUCAGUUGUUGGUAACAGCUACACUUCCAACAUUACACUCAUAAUUAUGAUUAGCAAUAAGUGAUUCUUUUGUGAGAUGCUCAGAGAGGUAUUUAUUUCCCUGACCCUGCUGCCAUUUUAUUUCAAUUCUUACAUAGUAAUACCUAGAAGAAGAGUGUUCUAGGGAACAUCAGCUCCUUUUUCAAAGGAUGGAUGCGAUUCAUCAUUUAACAGGGAACUGGUUGUACUUUAGACUUCCCAUUCCAGCUAUUACUUAAUAAAAAAACCUACUAGCAGAAGUAGCUGACAUAUGACCAUGUUUAUGAGACUACUUUGUUUUGCAAGGCAUAACCAGGGAAGUGCUUUAAGAACACUUGUCUUACCAUGAUGCAAAGCCCUGUAUAGUUAGAAAUGUAUUCAACUUCAUACUAAUGGAUUCCACAGAGUAGAACAUGCAAAUGGAGUAGUGAAUAAAACCUCCACACUUGUUCUAAAUUUUAGCUCCUUCUACUUGAUACCUAAAUCCUAUUUGAAGUACUAGCUUUUUUUUUCCUGGAGCUUUGCUGUGCAUGAGACAUCAACAGAACAAAUUAGCAGUUAAGCAGAUUUCCCCUUUGCAUUCACUAAAGGAGUGGUCUAUCAUCAAUGUGUAUGCACUUGGCAAUGCUGUGCUGCAGUGGCAUUUUGGUUUUACACUUUUUUUAACUGCAAGCAUCUGUGUUCAGAAAUGCUGCUUCUCUCAUUUAACAUGUGUUUAUCAGGGUUCUGCUAUUCAACAACAAUGUGUAAGAAGAGACGGUAGAACAGAACGAUUGAAAAUUAUGGAGUUAGCAUUGCUAUAAAAAAAUCUUAAAAUUGUGGGCAGAAUUUCAGUAAAUCAACAUGUUCUUUUGUGAUCACUAGUACACUUAGUAAUCUUUCAGUUACUCAUUGUUGGGCUCCUUUGCUGCCUUGGAGUUAUGACAGCUAACAGCUUUUUUAGAGCAAAAUGGAGAAAGCACCACAUAAAAUACUGAUUGGAACCGAGUUAGUCCUAAUUAACUAAACUUGUUCCAGAACAGAGGAUAACUUCUGUUGCAAGGAAAAAAUAACUGGCUGAUGCCUUGCCUGUUUUAACUCACAGCAAUGAACUGCAACUAAGUCACAUAGGAGAAUGCUGUUCUAGGCAUUUCAGCACUCUAACCUAUUAGUAGUUUUAUAUUGGGACUUCCUGUUUUCCCUUCUCACCCCCACCCUGCAACAAGUGAAGCCAUAAACCAAUUUUAUUUCCGUGCACAAUUACAUUUGUAGCUUUUUAAUUUUGGAAUUACUGAGGUAGAACAUUACCCCAGUUAACAAUAUAAACAACUUAUGUAUUUUGUUUCAGACCUACAUCCCUUGCUCUCUAAUUUUCCAUUGCAGUAGACACACAUUUCAUCCAUCUAUUCCACCAGCAUUUAGACACUGCAUUGCUUCAGGUGCAGCAAAGGUGAAUUAGCAACUGCAGGUCAUUGUGUGGUGUGAACAGUGAAUUGUUUCACCAUAUAGCCUUCACAGAGGUGAGUUCUGCAAGUAGCUGUACAAGCAGCAUGUGCUGCAGUUCAUAGUACAGUUACUGCUCUGCUAAAGAGCUGUCUUUCAUCAAGGAGCAGACUAGCUUGAAUUUAUCAAUUGUCUUUAAAGUGUGGAAAGGGAAUGAAAUCUUGAAAACAGAGGACAGUUGAACAAACACUCGAGGAAAGGGGAUAUGGUCAAUCAAAACUGAAAUUGAAAAAAUUGAAAAUUUGAAAUGGAAUAACUACAACCAAUUUUACUGAGAUGAAAUUGGGCGUAAGCCAAAAUUAUUCCCUUUGAAAUCUCUAAAAUCAGGAAAGAAAGGGAAACAAAGAGACAGAAGGGAAACAGAAGAAUUGAGAUUGCAGGAAAAAAAAAAACAACCUGACACCCAUGGGACAUGUGCUGCCUCCUCAUAAUCGUUACAUAAGCAGGCUGUCCCUAGUUUCCUUUCCUAGUUACUGGUAGAUAUUAGAUAAUAUAUUAGAAGUACUUCUUUCAAGCUCUUCCCAGGUAUGCUAGUCUCUCUUGCAGCUCAGAACUGUUGCAAGUCAACAAAAGUGUCUAAUUCCCCCCAUACCUCGUCCCCCUUAAGAGUGUUUUGGGAAUCUGAGGUUGUGGUAUGAGAGGAAAUUGCCUCACAAAUGAAAUUGCUUUUGCAGUAGGUUAAAUCACUUCAUUUCAUUUAUUGGACUAGUUAUUUGCUACCAAUCUGUUACCAAUACUUAACUAGAAAAUUUUAAGUUAUUCUACUUUGUUCCUUUGUCAUCCUCAAGUAUACUCCCAUGUAUGUCAUGGUCUUUCAAAGAAGAGAUGGACACAGUUCUUAGUCUGCACUUAGGAGAUGAUUAUGCAGGGAUCAAAACCAGAGUGUUAAAGACCACAAUAUUCCUCUCCUCCCAACCACACCUAUUCUUUUUAUAACACUGGGAUUUCUGUGAAAUAAAAAUAGAUGAGGAACUGAGGAACUUCCUAGUUGCAUAAUAGCAACUAGUUCUGCCAAGUUUUUCAAGGACAGGAAACUAAACAAAGACAUUUCUAGAGAAAAUAGUUUUAAAACACAUUCAGUUAUAAAAGUAUGUAUUUUUUGUGCACAAUAUAUAGUUUAACAAUCAAAAGCAGAAACUGUAAACCUUCAUUCUUAAUAGCAUUUAGACAUAAAAAGAUGUACAAGUGUUGAUUUCACACCAUAGAUAUCGAAAUUAAGCAUCUAUUCUAUAGACAACAGUAAGACAUCCAAGAAGCAAACUGUUUUUGACUAACAUAAAGGCACCAACUCCCUCACAGAUUUGGCUCUUGCUGUAUCAGAAAAUAGUAUUGAUACUCAGAUAAUACUCAAGAGUCUCAGAAAUUAUUUUGUGUGGUAUUCACUGCAGUAUUACACUUUUGAUAUACCGAUCACAGCAAACAUGUUCAUUUAUUGUUAGAGAUUAGGCAAGUCAAGGACAAGAACUUGCAACGGCAAGGGAGAAAAACAUUCCGACAUUUGGAAUGUCCAAAUGCUACAGAGCAGGCUUGCACUGUGUAAGCAGAAUAAGGUAACCACUUCAGUCUUCUGUUCCAGGAGACAAUUAUAAUUAAAUAACAUAUACUUUUGCUUUCACAACUAGCAGCAAAUAUUCCUUAAAAAUCUGAAGUUUUUAAGAAGGAAAAAAGGGCAUACAAAGUCUCUAUGCAGGUGGCUGUUCAAAGUUUACCAUGCAAUGUUCUUAAAAGUACUUCUUUGCUACUUGCAUUUUUAAGCACAUUAUCUUAAUUUACUUAUUGGGUAGCUAGUGAGCUUUUGAAAUUCAUUAGCAUUCCAACAGUAACUGGAAGCUAGAGAGGAGCCAACCCACAGUACUCAAGUAUCUAGUCCCUUAAAAAUGACUUCACCUUAUUCACAUGAGGCAAACUGCCACUGGCCUAUUUUUACAUGCAGCUGCCCCAUCCUUUGGUCGGUUGUUUGGGUUUUUUUCGUUUGGUUGGGUUUUUGUUUGGUGGCUUGUUGUGCCUGUGGUUGUUGGUUUUGGUUCUUUUUUCUUUACAUAUCAAGUUGUCCUGGGACCCAACUGUAAAUACACUGAUAACACUGACUGUAUUUCUACUAAAAAGAAAAUAGAACACUUAACAAAUGCUGUCCUGCAUUUUGGUGGAUUAGUGUCAUCUCUGACUAUGGGAUACAAUAUUAGUGGCUACAGGGCAUUUGUGGACUGUCCUUCAAAAAAGCACCCCAUAAUGCUAUUAAGUUUAAAUUAUUUGUCCAAUCAAUUUGGUUUGAAGAUUUUUGCCAUCCAACACUGAGUAUCACAGGUUAGUCCAAAGCAUCAUUUUCAACUUUAAAACAAGCAUAGUCUAUUGCUGGGUGGAUUUAAAAUAAUCUAAGUCACUUAGAAUUUAAUUAUUAUCAAGAAUUCAAGAAAAUCUUUUUAGAUUACAGUAAAACCAAACUAUCUUUCUUCACAGGAGAGUGGUUUAACUCACCUGGUCAGAAACUCCUCUAUUCUGCAACAGAGUAAGAACAUUUUAUUUGCAAGCAACUUGGAUAUGUAAUAUUUCCAAUUGCCAGUCCCAAUGUCUGCAAUAAUAAGCCAGUCAGGAAUCUAUUUAGAACUAGUUUAUUUAGAACUAGCAUACAGUUCAUAAAUAGCUACUGCUUCCUCCAGACUUGUGACAAAGAAGUUUCACAAUAAGCUUCUCUGGUUUUGGUAGGUUUUAGAAGCACCCUCAAUGUCACUGCUGAGAGCAAACACUGCACCAGACCUCAAUCAUUAUUUUGCACUGGAGAAAGCCAUAAACUGAACUCCAGUGAAAACUGGCCAAAAGAGAAUAAGAUAUGGGAUGCAAGCAAACUGCAUGCUUUUCUACUCAGUUUCUUCCAGUUCAGAUGCCUCAUUCAAACAAUUAAAAGUUAGCUUUUAGAUGAGAGGUGUAAAAUUUUCCAUCAAAUAAAUACCUCAGGGGGAUAAAACUAUCUCCCUACUUUAUUCCUCUACUUGUGUGCAUGGGGCUUAGAUCAGAUACGUAUAUACACACAACAAAUAUUAUCAGAACAGUGCAGCAUGAUUAGUCAUGGCCUCCAAACUGAUGUCAAUUUACAAUAAAGAAAUGGAAACCUGUAUAUCCCUCUGGCUACCAUUACCUUAAAGUUCAUAUGGUUAGGAAGUGUUUUAAAGCCCUCAACCCACAAGUUGUAAGUAAUGGGCCUCUUCAGUUCUGUGAUACACAAAUUCAACUCCAAACCAAUUGUGGUUUGGAUUGUAAAAUUAUGGUUAGAUGCUAGAGACACAAAUCAGACAACAUUCACCUAGUCCCUAUUUUAAUGAAGACACUCAACUUAUGAGGUAUUUCAAACAGUGCAAAGUGCCCUCUCCAACUCUCCACAACUGUGAAUUCAGGUUACCCUGCUUGUUCAACUUAAAUAAAGGACUGAAUUUUCGGUGCAGGGAAAGGAAAAAAAAAAAGAAACUGGGAAGAGGAAUCAAA